CCUUUAUUUUUUUUGGGCCCCAAUUGUACUUUCCUCAAAAUUUCAUCUUCCUUGCCUGACCCAUUCUCCCACUCCACCGGCGGCCACCAUCCUCCACCGGAGACCUGAGUAAAAGAUUGGGAUUUUCGUUCCAGUUCGCGGUCACUGCGAUUUUUCCCCCUCUUGGUUCGUAUUCCGAUCAGUUCCAUAGCCGAGCUUCUUGAUUUUUUGCUAUAUUUUGGGAACAAAUUUGUAUAGCUCCGAGCUUCUAUAUAUUCAACAAGCUUUGGAGAAAAAAUCUGGGGUAGCUUCCAGUUUCGCAGAAGAUGUCACUUUUCAGGCUCUCUAGAAGAGUCAAUCCUUUAGUUUCUUUAAACAGGACUCAUCAUUAUCCGCUUUCCACAUCCAGGGAAUAUCUUGAAAUUUUAGUGUCAAAAGAUAGAAAUCUUGGGGCAAUCAACAAUAAAUAUGGACAAAUCUUUGGUUUUGGGUAUCGAGGUUUCACAUCAAGAUGUGAGCUUAAUAAAUCUACACUUCACAACUGCAAAGGGCCCUCCCUUUUGAGAGGGCAGAGUACAGUUAGGUCUUGGCCAAUGUUGAAUCUUCGUCAUCAUUAUGGAACUCAGGCUACUGCAACAGAGAAUAAAUCAAGGAAGAUGCUCUUUUAUUUGGUAGGUUUAGUUUUUGCUAUGGUAGGGGCUAGCUAUGCUGCAGUUCCUCUGUACAGGAGAUUCUGCCAAGCCACGGGAUAUGGAGGUACAAUUCAACGUCGGGAGAGUGUUGAAGAAAAGAUUGCCCGACAUGAGAAAGAUGGAAGAGUUACCUCCAGGGAGAUUGCAGUACAAUUCAAUGCUGAUGUAGCAGACGGGAUGCCUUGGAAGUUUAUUCCAACACAGCGUGAGGUAAGAGUAAAACCAGGAGAGAGUGCUCUUGCCUUUUACACUGCUGAAAAUCGAAGCUCGACUCCUAUUACAGGUGUAUCAACAUACAAUGUAACCCCCAUGAAGGCUGCUGUGUAUUUCAAUAAAAUACAAUGUUUUUGCUUUGAAGAACAGCAAUUGCUUCCUGGGGAGCAGAUUGACAUGCCUGUUUUCUUUUACAUUGAUCCCGAGUUUGAAACCGACCCCAAAAUGGAUGGCAUCAGCAAUUUGAUCCUAUCAUACACAUUCUUUAAGGUCUCGGACAAAUAAAGAAGUUGCUUUGUUUUUGUGGCUGACAAGGAAAAGAACAGUGAAAACAUUGUUUCACCUGUAGUUUUUCUUAUUACUGGACCAAAAGAUUCACUUGUCAUCCUACUACAGUAAUUUAAAAGAGAAGAAAAAUAUGAAUGGCUACAACAAUUGUAGCCUUUUCCUUAGCCAUAUUUUGUCUUUCUGUUGUGUUAGAUGAUAAACUUAUCCACUUCCCUGGUUAUGUAUUAUAUUUGUAUGAAAAUUAAGAUGUCAACAGCUACAUAUACAAUUUGUAAUCCUACAAGUGGGGUAUGGUGAGGGUAAAAUGUACGCAAAUUUUACCCCUACCUUGUAGAGAUAGAAAGGUUUUCCGAUAAGCAAGGAAAGUGAUUCCCAUAAAGAUACAAAUAUAAUUGGUUCUCAGA